AUGGCGCAAGAGUUGCAGAAACUGAAGAACGACAUCUGGUACGCCAAACAGGCUCUGGAGAAGCAGGAAGCAACCCACGCUGAGUGGUCCGCCCAGUAUGAACAGGUCCAGAAGAUCCUCGAGGCCGACCCCAACAACGAAGAUGUCGCUGCCAUGGUCGCAGAAAUCCGAGAGGCUAUGGAGCAAGAAGAAGUCAAAUUGGCGCCCCUUCGCGAGCAAUUGAAGGCGCUUGAGGCCCAGCUCCCCGAGGGCAACGCCGCCCCAGAGCGCAAGUACGAUCCCGAGCAGCAUCCGGUCCUCAAGAAGACGUUGGAGAAAGCCGAGCCAGCUAAGGCUGUGGUGUACAAUACUGGUGAUGUUAUCGAGGCACGAUUCUUCGACGGUCUCUGGUACAAAGCUAAGAUCAUGACCAUCCUUGGAUCCUCCUCCGCACCGAAGUACAAAAUCAACUAUGUCGAGUACAACGAAGAUGCGACCGUCGAUCGCGAUGCUAUACGCCCGGUUCAGAACAAGCGCAAGAGGGAUACAGAGCCUGCGCCCGCUCCAACCCCUGCUGCUACCGCUGCUUCUCCUGUCACCUCUACCCCGCAUGUGAUUUCCGGGCCCGCGAGCGUCAACCCGAAAGCGCAGAAUGCAAAGCAAGACCCAUUGGGCGAGAACGCUGAACCCAAGAAGCGCAAAAUACCCAAUAAGAAGCAGUUGGAGCAGAAGGUGAACAACUGGAAGAAUUGGAACAGCAAGGGUGUCGGCAAGAAGAUUUCGCAGAAGGACUCCAUGUUCCGCACUGGAACGAAUGUCAACAGCAGGGUCGGCUUCACGGGAUCCGGCGGCGGGAUGACCGAGACUUCCAAGCGUGUCCGAUACGACAAUAAAGCAGCAUACGAUGCGGACAAAGAGCAGGACUAG